AUGUCUGACAAAAAGUAUAAAAGGAGUGAUCUUUAUGUGUAUGAUUUGUCUCCUGCUAUCCUAAGCUCACUUGGCCUAAUUUCAUUUGAUGAUACUCUUCAAGAAGUUGCUUCCUUUGAUGAUUUAAAUGCUGGGACGACUGGAAGUGCAUCUGCGGAAGACGCAAAGGAGAGAUCAACAGUAAAAUUUCAACGUUGUACCACUUGCGGUACUGAUUUCGGUGACCAGGUAAACAAUAGAGAGCAUUACAAAAAUGAGUUGCAUACAUAUAAUAUUAAAAGACAUCUAAAUGGGUUGCCGCCAGUAACUGAAGAGGAAUUUGCAACCAUGCUCAACAAGUUGAAAAGUAAUGGUGAAGUACAUAGUGAGUCAGAUUCUGAGGAUAACAUCUCGGAAGAUGAGACCUCCAGGUCCGAUCAUCAAAGUGAGGCAGCAAGCAAUGAAAUAUAUGACAAACGAGAUGACUAUUUGGGCUCUUUGAUAGAGGAAGAAAUGGAUAAGUUUUCACUAGAAAACAAUUCUAAUGAAGAAAAUAAGUCGAGUGUCAGUCAUCUUAAUACGAGGUCUGCUCAAAUUUUUUUCAACUCUACUUUCCUCGAUGUAUCCGAGGCUUUUGCCCUGUACAAAUCCCUUUUCAAUAAGCAAACCAUCACUAAACCAUUAAAUACGAUAAAAAAGUGGAAUGAAAUAGACGAUCAGUCAAUGGAACUGUCUGCUCUUUUCAUGAUCGGAGGUGGCCACUUUGCGGGUGCAAUUGUGUCUCACAAUAGAGCAAAUGUAAGCGGAAAUUCCAAAAAGAGUGGUGAAAACUUUCAAGAGCAGGCUGUCAGAUUUUUAGAACACAAAACGUUUCAUAGAUAUACCACAAGAAGGAAACAAGGUGGCUCACAAUCGGCUAUGGAUCAGGCCAAAGGAAAGGCAAAUUCUGCUGGCUCAAGUCUGAGAAGAUAUAAUGAAGCAGCAUUGAAAACGGAUAUCCAGAAUCUUCUUAAGUUGUGGGAGCCUUACUUAAGUAAAUGUCAAAAUAUUUUUUUAAGGGCUCACAAUUCAGCGGAACGUAAUAUAUUCACUGGUAACCCGUUGAUAGGAAUGAAACGAGAAAAUCUUAAAAGUUUCCCUUUUACAACGGGCAGGCCGACUAUUACAGAACUGAAACGAUGCUGGUGUGAGUUAACAUAUUUAAAGCCAUCUGCAAAGCCCACACCACUUCAAAUGAAGAAAGAGUCGUCCGUAAGUGAAAGUAUCUCAUCGAAAGAGAGCGGGAAAGCUGCGCGGCAAUCUUCAAUAAAAAAGCCCCCAGUAGAAGAAGUACAUACUGAAGAACUACUUUCUCUUUUGAAGAAAGGAAAAGCUCCUCUUUUGAUGGCGUAUCUGCGGAAGCACAAGCUCAAUGGAGACUUUAAAUUAAUGCCAGAGAAUCAAUAUAGUGCUACCCCCACCAUGCUACACUAUGCAGCUCAAAACGGCCUGAAACAAAUGAUUACAAUUCUGAUGACAAAUAUGAAGUGUAAUCCUUGCAUACAAAACGCGGUUGGUAAAACUGCAGUGGAUCUCGCCAAAGAUACACAAAUUAAGCAAUCAUUUCAAAUUUCAAGACAUUUGUUGGGUGAGAAUUAUGUAAAUUGGAAUGACUCGCACAUUGGAAAGCCGCUUAGCCGAGAGGAAGUCCAAGAUAUGAAUAAAUUGGAAGAAGAACGUCGUAACAGUGAGAUUGCAGCUGCUGUAAAGGAGGAACUUGAAAACGCUAAAAGAAAACAAAAAGCAGGAGUGAAAAACAAAGAAGUUUCCGGCAGACCUUUAGAGGCUAAACCUGUGUAUCCCAAUCAAAACUUGAACUCUUUAAGUGACGAACAAAGAAGGAAAUUGAUGAGAGAACAACGUGCAAGAGCCGCAGAGGCAAGAAUGCAAAAAAGUUAA